AUGGGUGAGAUCGCAGAGAAGAGGUAUGCCUUGUUGAUGUGCGGUGAGGAUUCGGAGUACUUGCUGAAGAUGCACGGAGGCUGUUACGGGAUCUUUGGGAAAUUGCUGGCGGAGGAGGGGGAGAGAUGGGACCUUUAUAAGGUGGUGCAGGGACACUUUCCAGAGCACCAUGAGUUGUGUCUCUACGAUGGCUUUGUCAUCACUGGAAGCUGCUACGAUGCUCAUGCCAACGAUCCUUGGAUCCUUCAACUCCUCCAGCUCGUCAUCAAAUUGGACUCUAUGCACAAGAAAAUCCUUGGCAUUUGUUUUGGCCACCAGAUAGUUGGGCGAGCAUUGGGAGGAAAGGUGGGUCGGUCUCCCAAGGGUUGGGACAUUGGUGUUAAAGCUAUAAACUUGUCAUCCUCUUUGCCAUUGCCAUUCUUAUCUCUCAACCUCCCAUCAAAGCUUUCAAUAUACAAAUGCCACAGGGAUGAGAUCCUAGAGCUCCCUCCCAAAGCAGAGGUGAUUGCUUCAUCAGAAAUGACUGGAAUUGAGAUGUUUAGCUAUGGAGAUCACAUCUUUGGCAUUCAAGGCCAUCCUGAAUUCACCUAUGACAUCCUCUUGCACUUUAUAGACCGUAUUAUUACCCGAAAUUUGGUCCAGGAAGCUUUUGCUUUGGAUGCAAAGGACAAGGCAGCAUUGCUAGAUCCAGACAGAGAGAUUUUGAAAAGAAUCUGCGUGGAUUUUCUUAAGGGUCGAUUGUGA